AUGAUCCGCGUUGCUUUCCCAACAUCAGCAGCUGCGAUUCCUCGCUCCAUUUCGACAGCAGUCAGCGAGAAUAUCCCAAAAAAUCAAGAAGAAGAUGUCAGAAAGGUAUGGAGAAACGCAGAUGCUGUAUGCUUUGAUGUUGACUCUACCGUAUGCCAAGACGAAGGAAUCGACGAGUUGGCCGCCUACCUGGGCGUCGGUGAAGCCGUUGCCAAUGUGACGCGAACGGCGAUGAACGGUAACGCCCGCUUCAGGUAUAGAGAUGCACUUGCCGCCCGUCUGCAGGUAAUGAAACCGAACAACGAGCAAUUGGAACAGUUCGUCAACAUCACAAAGCCAAAAUUGACGAUAGGAAUCCGAGAACUUGUGAGCCGACUUCAUGCACGUGGAACUCAUGUCUAUCUUGUGUCCGGCGGAUUCAGACGACUCAUUCUUCCAGUUGCCGAACUGCUUGGAAUCGAGAAAUCUCGCAUCUAUGCUAACGAAAUUCUUUUUGACAAGCAGGGAAACUAUCAUGGAUUCGAUACAUCUGAGUUGACCAGUGACUCGGGAAGCAAAGAUGUUGGAAAACCAGCAGUAAUUGCAUUGCUCAAGAAAAAGUUCCACUACAAAACUGUGGUGAUGGUUGGUGAUGGAGCUACAGAUGCGGAGGCCGCUCCUCCAGCUGAUGCGUUCAUUGGAUUCGGUGGAAAUGUGAUCAGAGAGGGAGUGAAAGCUCGCGCAAAGUGGUACGUCACCGACUUUGAUGUGCUAAGAAAAGACCUGGAGCACGACGACUCCUCCGACGACGAGUAA